CGUAAACUUACUCGCCUGCUGAGUGUGUCAAGGCAUGCUGCAAAUGAGUUAUUUCCCAUUUAAUAGGAUUUCCCAGACAGGCUGAAGAAAAUCUGAAUGUGAUAGACUAUGUCAACAAAUAAACCUGAGAAUUCGGGACAGCAGCAGAACGAUCAGCUCUUACCAGAGAGGAAUUCUGCAAGCAGCCAACCACUGAAAACCAGUCACGCACUUCAGCACAUGGAGGAUCAAGACAAUGGAUGUCAAAUCUCUGAGAUGGAAAACGCAAGCCUUGUGAAUAAGGAGUUUAUAACUGUAUGGGUUCGAGAUCCUCAGGUACACAAGGAGGAUUUCUGGCACACGUACAUCAACUAUGAGAUCUGUCUUCAUACCAAUAGCAUGUGUUUCCGAAAGAAGACCUCUUGUGUGAGGAGGAGGUAUAGUGAGUUUGUUUGGCUGCGGCAGAAACUGCAGAACAACGCUCUGCUCAUAGAGUUACCUAAACUCCCUGCCCGAAAUCCUUUCUUCAAUCUCAAUAAUGACACCCAGAUCACCCAACGGAUGCAGGGGCUGCAACAGUUUCUUGAGGCAGUUCUACAUACACCAUUACUGCUGUCCGACAGUCGACUGCACCUGUUCUUGCAGUCACAACUGAGCAUUGCAAAAAUGGACGCUUGUGCACAGGGACUGACACAUUACACUGUUGCACAAGCAAUCCAGCGAUGUAUAGGCGACGCACGUUUCCCUGUGGAGGAACCGCAUCAAGAAGACGGCAAAACCUGCUGCGACUCUGACUGUGACAGUACAACAUCCUCUGGCUUGGGCAACAGUAUAGAACCCGUUGAAGAAGACUCGUCCCAUAACGAGAGCUUUUCCCAUGAAUUUCAAGCCACAACCCCUGAGGCAGAACUCUUUAGCAGCCUGUCUUCAUCUCCUAGCAACCUGCAGCAUGUGCACCCUUGAAGUUCACUCAAAGUUAUGUGAACUCAAGAGAUGUACAUAUUCUCUGUCAAAGAGAGCCCCUGUUGCUGCUUACAGCCUCCAGAGUUCUAUUUGGAUGGAUAAGUGAAAAAAAUGUUGUUUUUUUAUUACAUGUUGUGUUUGUGUCCAUGCUGCUUUUGUUUUUUUUUAAGUCUGUGUAAAAUAUAUUUUUAUUUCAUUUCCUGUGGUCAUCAUAUUAAAUUAUCCUCCUUUACUAAAGUGCUGACAUAAGUAAAGUAAAGUAGACAGGAGUGAAUUACAGUAUGACUUGGCAUUAUUCCUAAUGUUUUUCUUGAUCCUGUCAUUCAGGUUUCUACUUUAUGCGUUUAAUGUGUGCCUGACAAAGAAGCUUUUUCUCUUUUAUUUCGCUUCAGUAUUUUCUUCUGUACAGAUGUGCUUUUGUUUAACAGAUUUUAAGAUAAUAUCAGUAAGUUGAAAAAUAUCAUGUAUUAAUUAUAAGAUUUUUUUUAAAGAAACGUGUAAUUGACAUUGCUGAAAAUGAGUGUUGAAGAAUGUAAGUGUAUGAGGGAUGUGUAAGUACAUUUUUUUUUUAUUGUGAUUUAGUGUUAUUUCAGCAUUAAAUGAAGAAUAUCCUAGUUGUGAAUGGAAUUUGUUGAUGAAAUGCCUAGAGAUAACAUAUUAUCUAAAUAAAACAAACACUAAAUAACUUCAAA